CAUGGAUUCCAAGAAGUCAAACAAGAUCAGUGAGAUUGUUAGGCUUCAACGGAUUCUCAAGAAGUGGAGAAAGCUUGCAAACACACCAAAAACCAGCAGAAAGGACAGCAACAAUAGUAACAAUAGCAAUAAGAGCGUUAAAUUUCUCAAAAAGACGCUAUCCUUCUCCGACAAUAACUCCAUCCUGGGGUUCUCCAGGGACUCUGUCCCAAAAGGGUUCCUUGCCGUUUGUGUUGGAGGUGAGCUAAAGAGAUUUGUAAUACCAAUGGAGUACUUGAGUCAUACAGCAUUUGAUGUCCUAUUGAAAGAAGCAGAAGAGGAAUUCGGGUUUCAACAAGAAGGUGUUCUCAGAAUUCCAUGCCAGGUUCCUGUGUUCGAGAAGAUCUUAAAGUUGGUGGAGGAGAAGGGCACAUUCUUCAUGCAGGAAACAGCGGGAUGUUGUUCAUCAGAAAGUCAGUUAACUCAACCACGCCAACCGCAAAGUCCAAUGUGCAGAUGAUUUUCACACAAUCCUCUGUAACAAACACCACACCCCCC